UGCGUUUCCUUUUAGAAAGUUAGGAAGGAAGUUUUCCUACAGCGCUUAAAAAGCGACCUAAAUGUUUGCGGUGGUCUGUUUUAUUUGUUAGCAAACUGAUCAUUUACUGUGCUGAGGUGAUGUAUUUAUUUUUAAACGUGACGGUACAUUGUUACGAAACUUAAGUGGGCAAAGCUGUGUACAACAACUUGAUAUGCCAUGCAAGUUAAAAAGGUGUGUACUUGCAGUUGAGAUAUGGAGAUAGGGCAGACCUGGCUGGAAGGCUCUCUGGGACGUUCUGCUAAACUUGGUCUUGAAGUAUUGGAGCGUGCAAGGAGACGAAGCAUGGUGGAGUGGCCUUCAGUCUGUCCUGUAGCCCAACUCACAGUAGAAGAGACUUUGAGAAGGCAUUCGGGGGAGGACCGAGUAGGAAAAAGUGAUAAUGAGGAAGCAACUAGGCACACCAGCAUUGAUGAUGCUUUUGAUACAGUGCUGGAGUUUAUGGCUCACACAACCAAACAAUGCAAGAACCUCUACAGAUCAGUGCCAGCAUGUGAGUGCAACCAGACUGAAAUGAACCAUGUAUGUAGAUACCACUCACCUCAUUUCGCCUCUCAUGGUGUAGCCAAACCAAGGGUUUCCAGAAAGCCAACACAAAGGACUUCAGAAGACUUUUAUAUAGAACUGGCUCCUGGCACCUACGCCAUCACUGCAGGAGCAUGUGACUCUGAGAGACAGACCCGGGUGGUGAAAAUCAAUGCAGGGGAGAGCGUGGAUCUUUCUUUUGCUGUGUGACCUGUUUACUGAGGCGUAAAGGGCUUGUGGCAAAAAACUAGCAUUCCUGUCUCUUACCAAAGUAUUUUAUUCUUAUGCACGUCCUAUUCAUAUAUGGGUGCUGGUAUCUGUCAUGUUCUAUGUAGUCUGUAGAGCAUGGACUUGACCUGUACAAAAAGUGCACUUUUUCAUAUAAAUGACCAAAAUUAUGUUGUUUUUUUUUUGUUUUGUUUUUUUUAAUCAGAUAUGCUAAAUAUUAGUUGGCUCUAUUGUAAAUGUUUGCACCAGUUUAAAACAAAUUAUAUAUUUUAUGUUUUUCUGUAUACCAGUGUACUGUAUUGCAUAUGCAAUAAAUAUGGACUAUUUUCAAUCUUAUAAGUAACUAUUAAUGUGUGUGAAUUUGUAGUAUGCAGACAAGUAGAUCUCAAAUUAAAGGUAUAUGA